CAUGUCGUUAAACCAGGCGUGCAACACCUCGUUCAGCCUGAGAGCUGCGUUUCAGUGGCGCAUGGUGUCAAACGGGAAAGGGAAGGGGGCAGAAGUACAAAACACAGAAACACGAGAGCCAUACUGAGCCAGAACAAGGGUCCAUCCAAUCCGUUGCUCUGCUCACAUGGUAGGCAGCCAGCUGCCUGCAGGAUCCCACAGGGAGGACAUGAGUACAACAGCACCCUCCCGGCCAUGCUCCCCACCAACUGGUGCACUGCUGGUAACAAAACUGUAGGAGAAACAUUUCAACCUUUUAGAAUGGGGGAAAACAGCACAAAGCCUAGAAAUCGCCAAGCAAUCCGUGGAAAGAGGAUGGGGAAUCCAGAGCUUCGGCACUCCUGCCUUGAACUCAGAGUGGUCUUGAUCGUGUAGACAGAGCAGGAAAGACGUGGGUUAGGAGUGCAGAAGGCUUCCCUGUUUCCCAGCACAUGUUUUGGUAUCCAAGCAGAUGCCUCUGCAUUCUGCAUGUAGGCACUGUUUGUGUUUUCACUCUUAAACUCCACCUUUGCUUUCUGUGAGACAUUCUGUGUUUAAGCCCAUGGAAGUGCUGCUGUCUUGUCUAGAACAGAUGCAGCAGGAUAAUACAAGGUUUCACUGAUAAUACACUGAAGCACUGCCUGAGCCUGUUCCACAAGGCCAUGUUUCCACAGCCUUUUGUGACAUUCUGAAGAUAAAGCAGCCACCGUAUACUAUGUCAGAUUGUUGGUCUUUCUUCAGCUAGACAGAUCUUUUGCAUCCUGCCUCUUUGAAAGUUUCCAACAAGAAAUGCCAAGAAUUGACUAUAAUUAUACAUGCAAAGGGCUUAUCCAUAAACCGAGAUGUCUUCUGAAGAAGAAAAAAGGAAGAGGGCUAUCACUGCCCGCAGGCAGCAUCUCAAGAGUGUUAUGCUCCAGAUUGCUGCUACUGAAAUUGAAAAAGAAAAAGAAGCUAAGGAACAAGAAAAAGCCAACUACCUUUCUGAGCACUGCCCACCUCUGCAUCUCCCAGGUUCCAUGCAAGAAUUACAGGAACUGUGCAAAAAGCUUCAUUCUAAAGUAGAACAGGUUGAUGAAGAAAGAUAUGACACAGAGAUUAAAUUAGAGAAAACUACCAAAGAGCUUGAAGAUCUGAACCAGAAGCUGUUUGACCUGAGGGGCAAGUUCAAGAGGCCCCCUCUGCGUAGAGUCCGCAUGUCUGCUGACGCUAUGCUGCGUGCCCUUCUGGGCUCCAAGCACAAGGUCUGCAUGGAUCUUAGAGCUAACCUGAAGCAAGUCAAGAAGGAAGACACUGAGAAGGAGAAGGAUCUGCGUGAUGUGGGUGACUGGAGAAAGAACAUUGAGGAGAAAUCUGGAAUGGAGGGCAGGAAGAAGAUGUUUGAAGGUGGCGGCGGCGAGUAAAACAAACCACCCAGCUGUUCAGUCUGAUUCUCAUCCCCAUCCAAGUCCCAAUGCUCCUUUUCCACCAGUCCCACCACCUACAUUUCUACUAAUCUGUUACAGCGCUGUUUUGGGGAUGAAUUUUGUCAAGCCACCUGCCAUACAGAACCCACCUGCAGCAUGAUCCCACAUCAAUGCCAGGCAGACCAUUGUCUUGAGCUGCGGAAUGUCUUAAAUGUAUUUUGCAACAGUGGUAGUUACAUGAGCUUAAAUGAUGCAGUCCUCAUUUAAUCCUGUCACUUGGUAGGAUCUGUUGCUGCAAAGUGAAGUAAAUGGAUGUAAAUAAAGCUUUGAAAGGACGGUUGGGCUUUUAAGCCUUGGGAGGCCAAAGUG